ACAAGAGUAGCAAAAAACGUUAACAACAAAAACAUUAACAACAACAACAUCACAAAAACAACACCUAUCACAACACUUCAUCGCCUUAAAUCGCAACAAGAAAAGAAGCAAAUAAAUGUAAGCAUUUUAAAAAUAACAACAGCAACGCGUAAGUGCAACAGUAAAGCAGCGUUAGACGCGCAAAUAAAAAUAAAAUUAACAAAAACAAACAACAUUGCAGGCAACACCGCAACAAAGUAGCUGCUACUGUCAAUGUAUUUCAUAAAAUWUUUCCACACUAUCUAACAAAUCACAAAUCAGUGUAUACAAAAACAAAAACAAAUAUAUAUAAUUGCGCCGUACAGUGUUUCGUGUACAACCACAGCAAAAACAACAUAAUAUUCUCAACGCGACAACGUUAAGUAGUUUGAGUCACAACACCAAAAUGGAUAUAGAAUCAGACGACUCGGAACGCUGGGAGGACUUUUUUGGCAGCUCCACAGAAUUGGCACCAUCGCUUUUGGGCAUCUACGACACCUUGACGAGUGCGCUCGAGGCUAGCAACAAAAAUACAAACGAUAACAUUAACAACAACAAUAAUAGUAACAUAAAUCAGCAGAACAGCAGUGGCGAAAAUAUAAAAAUAAGCGAAAACGGCGACGAGAACGCUUGCAGCAUUGACGCGCACUCUAACGGUAAUGUAAGCAUUGCAAGCAAUCACAGCGACUCACCGACGCUCAGCAAUAAGAGUAGCCGCAGUUCAAGUUUCAGCGCAGAGGAAAAGUUAAGCGACGAAUAUAGUUUCCAUAUAGACGGUUACAACAACAACAAUAACAAUAAUUGUAAUGACAGCAACAGUAAUAAGAGUAAUUGUCACGCUGUAGGGGUAGAGCAGCAGCAACCUUCACAUACGCCUUCACCUGCGCCAUCAAAACGACAGUUAAAUGAACAGUCUUCAGAGGCCGCAACUUAUUUGAGCACUUCUACAGACAGCGGCUUUGGCGGCGGUCGGAACAGCACGCUUGCUUUGCUUAACCUAGCCUACAGCAACAGCCAUAACAACAGCUACAGCGGUGUCCACAACCACAGCAUAGAGCAUACUUACAGUGCGAGUAGUCGCAGUCUCAAUUCGCUCUCAUCAUCGUCUUCGUUCAGUCAACGCAGCAGCAGCAGCGGCAGUGGAAAGGGCAGCGGUAGCGCAUGUCAUAACAGCCCAACAGGCUCACGCUUGUCGCGCGAAACGCCAUUCGUCCAUAGUUCGGGCAGCAGCGGCAGUCUCAACAGCCCCAGCAAGCAUCGCAAUCAAAUACGCAUACUGUCACCUAAUGUCCAGCGCAUAAUUACACACUCUGAUGCGGAGCGCGUGGAAACUGUGGACAUAGAUGCGCUACAGCAGCAACCCACACACUUGACGAGUCCAACACAAUCGCCAGCGCUGCAUCACCGGUAUGUGAAAAAAGCGCCACCACCAAGCGCGACUUCAACGCCGAACAGCAUACACAAAGUAAAGCUCUCACAUAUACCGCUCUCUAAGAUUACCGGGAAGUUAACGCAGUCGGGUAGCGAAUUAGUUGAGACCUUCGAUUCCAGUUCCGAGUACUUAGAUGCGCUCAAUUUUCACUCGUACACCGAGGCGAAGCCCUCGCGCGGUCUGAAGAAGCCACCAACGCCGGCUGUAGUGGCCAUACCGUGUUUGGAAGGUUCUAUUGGCGAUGGUGAGGUUACACCGACAAAUCAAAAUACCUCAGCCAUAAAAACGAACGAUUACCUUGGCGCUUUCAACUUUAGUGCCAACUACAAAUUAUCACUGCCGAAUUAUGAACGCCAAGAAAGUAUUAAACUAAUUGAAAUGGAACAAUUGGCCACCACAUCGCAAAUGUUGACGGCCGCAUGUGCACCACCGCCACCAACUAGCUUGCCACUGGCGGUGGAACACCAACAAAAUCACAAUCAUAAUAAUAAUAAUAAUAUAAACAACAAUAAUAGUCUCUCUAGCGCGCUCAAUACACCACCACCAAUACCUUCCAAAGAGUUUAUCGCCACUGCACCUUUGUCACCUUCAGAUUUUGUUGAGACUUUGAACUAUCCGGUAAUCACAAAAGAUCUCGCAUCGCUUACGCUCAGUGAAAAGGACAGCAUGAACUCAUCCAUGACAAGCGUUGAACUCAUCGAAGCUAUUAAUAAGCCAGUGAUCUCUAAACCUUUAGUGCGCAGCUCGUCAGCAGCUUGCGCCUCAACUGUGUCCGGUUCACCGAUGCUUACCUAUGCGCGCUCUAAAAGCUUAGCAGCGAAGGCCAAUACUUUGGGCGGCGCGGUACCAAUAAAAUUGCCCACUGCACAGCAGUUAGAAGAGCUUGAGGAGGCAAGCAAAAUGUCGGCGGAGAGCUUAGAUCGCUUAACGGAUAUUAAGUCAAAGUUUUCGCCAAAAGAGUCACGCAAAGGUUGUCCAAUGCUGCCAGAGAUUGCCAAACUCAAACAUCGUCCGCUUUCUUCGUCUUCCAUUUGCUCAACAUCGUCCAGUUCCAGUUCCGGUUCGGACCAUCUGAAUGGCAAGCUGGCCACAUCGUAUUUGGCGAGUGUUGAAAGUCUGGCCGAUCAAAGUGAGAAUGAACUUAUGGAUCCGCAUAGUGGUAUGACAGUUUUAGAGCGCGCUAUGCUAGAGAUAGUCGACUCUGAACGCAGUUUUGUGGAGGACUUGGGGCAGGUUAUAAAAGGUUAUUUGUCGGACUGGAAGGAACGUGCCUGCCUACGUUAUGACGAACUGAAAAUACUCUUCUCAAAUAUUGAAGAGAUUUAUGAGUUCAACUCCACACUCCUGAAGCAGUUAAUCAACUCUGGUAUGGACCCAGGAAAAAUAGCGAAAUGUUUUAUAGAAUUGCGCGAAAGAUUUGAUGUAUACACAACAUAUUGUACAAGUUAUCCUGAAGCCAUAUCACUGCUGACCAAACUGCUACAGGCCACACACACCAACGCACUGCUGACGUCCACACAAAAAAUGUUGCAACACAAAUUGCCACUCGGCUCAUAUUUGCUGAAGCCGGUGCAACGUAUACUUAAAUAUCAUCUGCUAUUGGACAACCUUCGUAAGCAUUGCGAUGUGAAGGAAGUGUUGCAAGCCUACGAAAUCAUGCGGCAAGUGGCGCGUAAUAUCGAUCAGGUGAAGCGUAAGUUGGAGCAACAAAUAAGAGUUAAAGAACUAUCUGGCAUAUUGGACGGUUGGUUGGGACCAGAACUAACCGUUUUGGGCGAACUCCGCCAAGAGGGUCUCCUCAUGGAACACAAUAAGCCACGCAUGGUCUUCCUUUUCGACACGAUGCUGAUCAUUACCAAGUCCAAAGAGGAUAAUCGUUUGCAAUUUAAGAGUUACAUACACCAAAAUAAUCUAAUGCUAAGCGAACAUUUACCCGGCGAACCGACGAGCUUUUAUGUAAUACCCUACCAUGAGCCGCGUAAUCAAAUCAAAUUGACAGCCAAAAAUCGUGACCAGAAACGUCUCUGGGCGCAACACAUUAAAGGAGUCAUACUCGAGAAAUUCGACAACAUACCAAAUCGCGCUAAGGAGUUGGUCUACAAGUUGGGCGAUGAGGAAGACCGCACACCGGAUAAGAAUACCUGGAAGUGGAGUCUGCACUCGACUUCGACAACACCCGUUUACUUGGAGCGGCGCAAUCAGUACCGACGCAGCGAGAUACGCAAAUGUUCGAAAUUCAAACGGAAGACCGUCUCCAAUUCCACAUCCUUCGAUAGCUUCAAUGAACUCGCUGAAAACGCAGCACGGGAAAUACCAACAACUACAACAACUGAGAAUGAGUUAACGGCAGCGAAAGAGGGUAAAGCGCUGGCACGCACCAACAGCAUCGACGAUAACAUGUUGCCUGCGUUGCACAAACUCGCCGCGGUCAUUAAGAAUAAAGGCAAAGCCGAUGAGGUAAGCGCUGUGAAGUCUGAUAACGCGGAUAGCGGCAGCGGCAAGGAGGUGAAGCAAAAUGCCACAGAGAAGGAGGAGCUGACCAGCUGCUUAAUGCGUGAUCAACGACGCAGCGCAUGCGCUUCGCCCAAGUCACCGCUAUUCGGUUUGAAGGCGCUGAAGGAGCGCAGCAAAUCGGUGCCGCGCAUUAGUUUCCAGUGUGAAGAUUUAGAUGAGGAGAACGAGUCGCUGCACGGUAGCAAUACCAAUCUCGAUGCGCGCAAAUCCAAAUCGAGCAAGUCAAUUGAGGUGAAGCAAUACAACCACAAGACAAUACCCAAACGCAUAGCCACAUUGAAGAAGCAACGCACUGGCAAGACAAAGGAAACCUCCAAGUUCUACAUGGAUUUGAGUGAGUUCGAUGAUGCGCCCAAAACUGAGCUAAAGAUUACCGAGUCCACAGAAAAUCUGCUAGAAGAGAAACAAGGAGUUGGCAGUAGCAGCGCGCAGAAAGAUGCAAAGACGGUUACGCAGAAUCUCGACAGUAUACAAAUGCAACUGGAGAAGCAAUGCGAGGAACUGUUGACAACGUUGAAGAAGAAGGACGCAGAUAUAAUAUUGGAUCUGCUGAAACAGAAUAAGGAGUUCGAGCGCAUAGCGAAGAAGAAGCAGCAACGCAAACGCACAGAGCAGRGUGGUGGUGGUAGUGGCAGCGGCAGUGGCAGCGGUAGCGCGCCAGGCAGUCCUGAGUCGCCUGACUAUCCGCUGCUCAAUGAGUUGCCGCCGCGCCCGCCAUCGCGCUCCCCGCCGCCACUCGAGUCUGAGUGUGAGCCAGCUGCUAACGAUGCGCGCCAAGCCACGCCAGACGAAGAGGACGAUGCGGAGCCAAUUUAUGAGUCAUUGCUGCGCAAUGUACACGUGCCGUAUAAAUUCUCGCCGGUGCUGGGGCGUUCAGUAUCAACGCAGCAGUGCAGGACGCGCGAGCGCAAAUCACCACCAGCGCCGCGUCCAGAAUCGGAUUAUGUCACACUAGUUUAUUCGCCGGAGGGCGCGCUGCAAAAAGUUGGCAACGAAAUGCUGCCAGAACGCGCUAGCAGCGGUGAGGCGCAACUGCGUCGCGAACCAAUCACAGCGCCGCCGCUUGAUCAACGCGACAGCUCUGGCUCUUCGACGUCUUCCUCGACCUGCACGCUUAAACGCGACAGCCAGAAUACAGUAAUCAAUGUUGAGUGCGCUUCAGCCAGCAAUAUUUCAAUGAUCUCCAACAAUACGGGCAAUUCGCACUCAGAAGCUAUCUACGCGCGCCCAAUACCAAAGAAUCUAAUGAAGCGUUUAUUUAGCAACAGCGCACACAUUGCCAACGGCAUCGGCAGCAAAUCACCGCAUGAGAAUAUAUCCUCAUCAUACAAUUCUUUAUUGCCGCGUGCGCGCAAAUCCAUCGAUAAUAUGGCGCUCAGUUUUGGACGUUCGAAUAAACCGCCCGAGCGACGCGUCUCCGACGUAACCGAAAUGUGCCGUCAAAGCAUACUGCACCGGCAGGGCAGUGAAGCGGUUGGCGAGCGCAUGGCACACGUGGACUACGCCGAUCCGCGUACACUUUUCACUGUCAACGUCAACACCAGCUCCGAUGCUUCGCUGCAACGCGAUUCCGUCUUCUCGCUCACCUCAUCCAAUGAUAGCGUUUGCGAUCAGAAGCGCGCCGCGAGCACAACGCUAAGCAGCGAUGCCAGCAACUCUGAUUUCGUAUAUGAAGAGAACGUCGAGGCUUGCCUGGAGAAUGACUUCCGUGACUCGGCCAUUUAUAGUGAUGAUAAUGAUAAGCGCGCAGACUAUGAGUCCAGCGACGGCAUUAAACGUCCCAGCAGUCCACCACCGCCGCCGCCACCAGCGCGCAAUCGCAACAACCCCGAGGUGCCACCAAAGCCAACUGGCAUACCGCGCGUCAACAUCAGUAAGGUGGCGUCGCCGCGCAAGGAAUUGCCAGCGCCAUCACCCUUAAUUGGCGCCGAGGCGCAGUGCUUUGCGGGUAAAGCAGCGCAUGUUGUCAUCUGCCCGCCACACUUGAGCGCGGCGGCAUCGCGCAGUUGGGUGCUGCAGCAGAUCGAUAAUUUUAAUAAGUAAGGCGGCGCGGCUUGAUUAACGCGCUAUAUUUAGAUUUUGUAGACUUGUUCGCUUUGUUUGCCAUAAAUAGUUGAACGACAGAUUCUUAGUGUUUACGCGCAUGCACAUAUUUCACAUACAUACAUMAUGAUAGCACUUACAUUUUUCCAUUCAAAAAUAUGUCUACUUAAAAUAUUAAAAAACAAAAUUAUAUUUAAUAACAGAAAAGAAUAUUUUUACUUUGUUGACUGUUGAACGCCAAUAUGCUUACAGUAUAUUUCUAAUGCUUACUUAAUUAUUAUAUAUUAAAAAAUAUAUUUUUACGAAGAUUAUAUUUUACAUAUUUACACUCGCUCGCAUUUGUACAUUUUGUAUAUUAAGUUAUUUUAAUGCAUACAUUUAAGUAUCUUAUUUAACUUUAAGCAGCGGCUUUGCGACGUCUAUUGUGCAUUAAUAUUCGGUGGAACAUAGAUAUAUGUUUAUAUAUUUAUAACAUUUCAGAUUUUUUUGAUUUUUAUAUUUCGUGUUUUUAUGAAACACAUUAUU